AUUCCAAUUGUCUACCUGAGUGAUUUGGUGGGAAAAUAGGAAAUGAAUUCGUUGUAAAUUUAAGAAAAACAGUAGGAGGAUUUUAUUUGGAAUAUUUUUAUUUUUCAAAAGAAAGCUUGUUGCUUUACUUGGUGCAUUUUAAUUUUAAAGCAAGGAAGCAAAGUAUUUCAUCCACUUACUUCCAUAGUUCCUUUCAAUCCAAUCGUCAUUAAGUAACUGCUGCAUCGGACAGAUUCCUUAUCAGUUUCAUUGCCUCUUCAACUGUUCUUUCAACCGUCUUUCCUUCCGUCCACAAACCCAAUAUCAUUAUUUUUUCUUUUAUUUUUACCUUUUUCUAAUAUUUUCAUUUAAAAUAUUUAAACUUCAACGUUCAGAAAGUACUCCAAACCAUACAAGCAACAACCUUUGCUUUUGUUUUUUUUCAGUUUUUUCGUCGUCAUUUCUUUAGCCCAGUAACAGUGAAUUAUUUUUACUGAUUGGGUUUUUGUUUUUGGAUUGUGUAUCUGGCUUGGAAGGGUCCAGAGUGGAGUCUUUUAUUGAUUUGCGUGGAGUCUGAGAUAGGUUUACUGUGUGAAGUUUUGUAGAGAUCUAACGAGUUAAGAAAUCAAUGGAGCCACCCAGAGGUUUUUUGGCUUCUUUAUGGAACUUUAUUUGCUUUCUUCCUUACUUCUUCGGGUUGCUUCUUCUGGGUGUCAUUAAAGGAAUUAUUUUCUUCCCAUUUAUAUGCCUUAUCAUGACAAUCGGAAACUCAGCAAUUAUAUUGGGACUUUUGUCAGUACAUGUUUUCUGGACUUACUAUUCCAUUUUGAGAGCUAAACAAAUAGGGCCAGUUCUGAAGCUUGUAAUCUGCAUAUGCAUGCCAGUUUUCUUGAUUUUAUGGCCAGUGGUUGGCAUUUUGGAACUUGGAAGUAUCUUAGUGGGAGCACUGUAUGGCUUUCUUACGCCAAUAUUUGCCACUUUUGAUGCUGUUGGUGAAGGGAAAGAAAAUGAUUUGUUCCACUGUUUUUGUGAUGGAACUUGGAGCACUGUAAAAGGCAGCUUCACUGUGGUCAGAGAUUUUCUUGAUGUUUGCUUCCAUUCAUACUUUUCAGUUAUGGAUGACCUGCAGCAGAAAAGAGCAGAUGGAAAAUAUUAUGAGAUAAGAUUGCUUGAUAUUCCAGGUGCAAUCGUAGCUGGGGUGCUUGGUGUACUGGUUGAUUUUCCAGUGAUCUCAGCCAUUGCCAUAUGCAAAAGCCCCUAUAUGCUCUUUAAGGGGUGGCAUCGAUUAUUUCAUGACCUUGUAGGUCGAGAAGGUCCCUUUUUAGAGACUAUAUGUGUACCAUUUGCCGGUCUUGCCAUUCUACUCUGGCCAUUGGCUGUUGUUGGGGCAGUUUUGGGCUCCAUUCUGUCUACCAUCUUCCUUGGUGCUUAUGCUGGGGUGGUUGUUUAUCAGGAGUCCUCUUUUUGGUUCGGUCUCUGCUAUGUUGUUGCUUCCUUUUCCAUUUAUGACGAGUACAGCAAUGACGUACUUGGCAUGUCUGAGGGAUCCUGCUUUCCUAGGCCCCUGUAUCGAAAGAAGACAGAGAAGACAGAGCUGUCACAGACCACUUCUCGCACAACUUCUUUCUCAAAGUCUGACUCUUUGAAAAAUCCUCCGUCUCGCUCUGGUUCAUUCAAGCCUCUGACUGAAUUUAAGCCAUUUGAGCUUCUUGAGGGCUUACUGAAGGAGUGUAAACGCCAUGGGGAAAUCAUGGUUCUUGAAGGACUAAUAACUGAUAAAGACAUUGAAGAAGCCAAAUCUAGUAGUGGUAGUAGAGUGGUUAGCAUUGGCCUGCCAGCCUAUUGCCUUUUUAAGGCACUUGUGCGCUCUGCAAAAGCCAAUUCAUCUGGAAUAUUGUUAGCCGACAAUAUUGGUGAGAUAAAUAGCACAAACAAACCAAAAGAUGCCUUCUUUGAUUGGUUUCUUAACCCCUUUUUGAUAAUGAAGGAUCAGAUUAGAGCAGAAAACCUUACGGAGGAAGAAGAGGACUACCUAGGCAAAUCAAUUCUAUUGUGUGGUGAUCUUGUGAGGUUGAAAAACACAAAUAGUUGCUCACCACCUGAAUCUGAGCGUAAACGAGCUGAACUUGAUGCUUUCGCUAGAAGGCUGCUAGGACUCACCAAAUCUAUCUCAAGAUAUCCAACUUACCGGCGUCAUUUUGAGAAUCUCAUAGAGACCCUAUCAGAAGAUCUUGCGAAGAAGAAUGGUGACAGUAAAUUAACUGAUGAACCUCAGAAAAUACAAAGAUCCAAGAGUGCAUUUGCCCGAAUCCAGAAAUCAUUUAAAAGGAUAACAAGCAACACCGGAUCUGAUCAAGAGUCAGCAACAAUUGUUAGGGAUAUUGACAUUGUAUGAUGAGGAUGCUAGUGUAAGGUCAAUGGCGUUUCUCAUCCUUAUAUUCUCGUUGCUGGGCACAUAAGGAGAAUAAUGCAUUUCUAGAAUGAUUAUGUUUGUUUGUCGUCUUCUUAUAGUAGCUUGCACUAGGGGAGAAGAACACAAAUGCAUGAGAUGAAUGAAAUAUAGCAAGUUCCUCCCACUGUCAAAAAUGCUUAUUGUAUGUACAGCUUCUGGCAUUAGAUAUCACCGCAACUGUGUAAAACUGUAAAUUUAACCUUUUUUUUGAGCCAUAUAUACCAACAUGAAUUGACAAAUAAA